AUGGUUGUACGAUCGCAAACUGAGGGCAUUCUUGGGAUAGUCGUGGAUGUGUCGUACCAAUUUCGGCAGUCUUGCUGCCGAAAAGACUCUAAGAUCCAUGAGAAGGUCCGCCAGCGCGCCCUGGCCCGAGGGGCGGCGGUGCAGAAGGUCGCGGCAGAAAUCGAAGGGGAGUGCGAGGAACUUCGCAGGUCACUGGUCAAGAUAGAACGCCGGUACGCCCUGCUGUGUGAGCGGAGGCACGAGAAGGUCCGGCGGGAGUUCGAGAGGCGCCGCCGCCGCCGACAGUCCAUCCUGUGGCCCGGGUCGGACUCCAGGGAGUGGCAUCGACUCAUGUGGACCAUCACCGCGCUGUGUGUGGGGUUCCACCUAGCGACAGCCACAGUGCAUGCAGCGUCUCUCUGGAUGCUGUGAUACGGAGAGUACAUUUUUGCACCAAAAAUUGAAAUACUAUUU